AUGGAGUCAAUCCAUGGUUACUCUUAUAAAAAAAAUUGCACACCAUCUGGAACUGCACUGGCGUUAGCAGUUAUGACAGCCAGUAUUUCCUUUAUCCUGUUUCUUUUAAGUAUCGUUGGGAAUAUCCUCAUUAUUCUUGCUGUUGUGCUAGAUCCGAACAAAAAUCUUCGAACACCGUUCAAUUGGUUAAUUGUAAAUUUAGCAGUGGCUGAUCUUAUUACUGGAAUCAUCACAGACCCUGUCUCGGCGAGUCUUCAUUUAAAACUAUACUUUGAAAAGAAAUACACUGAUGGUGAAGUGAAAGCACUACAUAUGAGUUACUUCGUCUCAUGUACGGCUUCAGCUCUAAGUAUUUCAAGUUUGGCUGUUGAGAGAUACCUCGCAGUAAGAAAGCCUAACACAUAUCGUACUCGAAUGACUAAUAAAAGAAUCGUAUUCACUGUCGCUGCAAUUUGGUUGAUCUCUUUGACUUUACCAAAUAUAUAUUUUAAAGUUGGAUACACUCUAUAUUCAUUCGUAUUCGCUAACGCAUCGGUCUUUUUGGCUAUUUCAAUAACGUGUUUCACAUACAUCUUAAUGUGGCGAAAAAUCAAACGACGAUCUGAGACAGUAGUCAAUCAUGACGGCAGAGCCAUGGUUAAUUCGCUUUCUUCACCAGAGCCUCAAGGCCCAUCAACUGCACCAAACAAUCCAACUACAUCCAACCCAAUCAUCACGAACACAAAUAAAAUGGAAGAGAAAGUCACCAAAAUGUUCCUUGUGGUCCUCAUAGCCAUGUUCUGUUGCUAUGGUCCGGCAACAAUGUUCAUCUAUCUCAUGAACUUCUGUGAAUCGUGCGGUUGUGUCGCUCUACAUUGGUUUUAUGAUUUGGCAUUCAUUUUAAUCGUAAUUAAUUCCAGCUUAAACUUUUGCUGUUAUGCAAUGCAGUCUUCCAGAUUCCGACGCGCGUUUAUCAAAAUCUUGAAGAUAAAGAAGAAAAAUCAUCAACACCACGAAACGAUACCCAAGAAUGAGAAUAAUGGCCCAGGUGGCUGCGAAAGUAUGGCUGCGCAAAGAGAAGACAUCGAUGUACAAAUGCAAGAAGUUGCUGAAAACACAGAUACCGGAAUAUAA